AUGUCCUUUUCUCCAGAGCCAGAGAAAUUCUCUGGCAGGGAAGUGCUCUGCGUGGUACGGCCCCUGAGGCCCCCCUGCUACCCUGGCUCUUGUGUCAGGGGCCCCCGAUCCAAUGCAGCUCCAACCCUGUCUUGGUCUCUGCCAACUAAGGCAUGCUCUCCCUUGCCAGGUGCUGCCCACAAACUGGUGUGUUACUACACCAGCUGGGCACAGAGUUGACCCGGCCCUGCCUCCAUAUUUCCCUGUGACCUGGAUCCCUUUCUCUGCACCCACCUCAUAUUUGCCUUUGCCUCAAUGCACAAUGAUCAGAUUGUUGCUCAGGAUCUCCAGGAUGAGAAAAUUAUCUACCCAGAGUUCAAGAAGCUCAAGGAGAGGAACAGGGAGCUGAGGACACUGCUGUCCGUCAGCAGGUGGAACUUUGGCAUAUCCAGAUGAGAGUUCACCACUAUGCUGUCCGCAUCCACCACCCGGGAGAAGUUCAUUGAUUCAGUCAUAUCUCUCCCGAGGACACAUGACUUUGAUGGUCUGGACCUCUUCUUGUACCCUGGACUAAGAGGCAGCCCCAAGCACGACUGGUGGGCUUUAGUCUUAAUUGAAGAGCUCCUGAUGGCCUUCCAGAAGGAGGUGCUUGCCAAGUGCUCAAGGCUGCUGGUCUCUGCUACUGUCUCUGGGGACCCAAACAUCAUCCAAAUAGCUUAUGAUGUGAGCCUUCUAGGCAGAUUCCUGGAUUUCAUCAGUGUCCUGUCUUUAGACUUACGUGGAAGCUGGGAAGAGUUCAUGGGACACAAUAGACCCCUGUUCUCUAUGCCUGAAGACCACAAAUAUUCAACAUAUGUCAUGAAUUACUGGCGAAAGCUUGGGGCACCCCCAGAGAAGCUCCUCAGGGGCCUCCCUACCUAUGGACAUACCUUGUGCCUCCUUAAAGCUUCUCAGAAUGCAUUGCAGACCAGAGCUGUGGGACGUGCAUCUCCAGGAAAGUACACCAAGCAAGCUGGCUUCUUGGCUUAUUAUGAGAUUCGCUCCUUUGUCCAGAGAGCGACGAAGCACUGGAUUGAUUAUCAAUAUGUCCCAUAUGCCUACAAGGGAAAGGAGUGGGUUGGCUAUGACAAUGUCAUCAGCCUCAGGUACAAGCUAUUGUUCUUAAAGAAAGUUCAUUUUGGGGGAGCCAUGGUGUGGACGUGGACGUUGGACCUGGCUGAUGAGGGCCUUUUCUGUGGUGCUGGCCCCUUCCCCCUUGUUUCCAUGCUGCAUGAUCUCCUUGUGAAGGCUGAGUUCAGCUCAACUAAUUCACCAAAAUUUUGGCUCUCGUCUGCAAUGAAUUCGUCAAGAGCUGGCUCUGAUAGGCUGACUGUGACCAAGGUGUUAACCACUGAUUUGGGGAUUUUGCUCUCUGGAGGAGAGGCUAUGGCCGCUGAGACCUACAGAAAGUCUGAGAUUAUGACCACAAUUCCUAGAUUUGGGAUUGUGACCCCCACAAGGGACACCAUGUCCUUUGGAAAGCAUAGUGUAGCUCUAGAAAGGAAGACUGAGACCCAUGGAGAGAAUAUCACAACCCCUCUGGGCCAUCAGUCUGUGACCCUGGGAAAGAAGAUUAUGACUUCUCAGUAUUUUCUGACUGAGACCCAUGGAGAGAAGAUCAUGUCCCAUAGAAGGAAGGCUGUAGCCCUUGAAAAGCUGCCUAACCCCUCUGGAAAGAAGACAGUCACCCCUGAUGGGCAGACCAAGACUCAAAGAGGAGAGAAUUUGACUUCUGAGGUGGAAACUGACCCCCGAGGCAUGGCUUGGAUGCUCAGGUGGGGGCUGAGAAAAGGAUAUUGCCCUCUGGCCCUGCCGCCUAGUCCCCAGGGCUCCCUCCCCUUGCUUUGGGCCACCUCUUUGUUCCCAGAGAUGGGAACCGUUCCUCUGUCUACAGGGAGACCCUUCCGACAAGGCCUGUAUCUUUAAGUAAAGAAAACCCAGAAAAUUCUGCUGCUGAGCAAGAAGCCUAAGCUCUGUUGGUGGCAGAAGCUGGAGAAAGGCCUUGUCUUUCCUUCUAGGUCACCUGCCAGAAGCUGCCUGGGCCCAGCCAUCCAUAAACCAUUAUGGGCAAAACAGGCCCAAAGCCACAGUGAGUUAAUCUCUUUUCUGUUGAAUAAACUGGAAACACAAGAACCCAUCUGAGUUCUCUGACAUUCUCUUCUUGAAAUGACCUGUGAAACCCAAUUGUCAGCUUCUUCCUUUUGAGGUCACUUAUCCUACUGCUAUUUUUGGAAGGAGGGAGUUUGUGUCUAACGCAAACUGAUGUUAUCCAGUGUGUAUUAUGUGCUUCUCUCUGUCAUGAACAGCAGUUCACCUCACUGUUGGUCAGAGUCAGAAUCUCUUCCAGAGAAGUUUUUCACAGUCCUCAAGAGAGAAGGAAGGAGGAGGGAGGGUUGAGUCUUUCAGUUAUAGUUUCAGCGUGGUAACGUUGUAGUUAUCUCUAGAAAACACCCCUACCUGAUCUCUCCAUAAGAAGUGGUUGAGGUGAAGGCAAAAUGGAGUAUAUUUUUGUGUUGUCUGCACUUCUUCUAGGUCUUCUCCCAAAACACCAGUUCCCACAUACUAUACAGUACAACCUGCAGAGUGUUUCCCUGGGCAAGAUUACCUCUCAUAAAUUAGUAAAGACAUAGGACCUAUUUCUAGCCUCCCCUUCUAGGAGACAAUGAUGUUCAGAGCAGGUGUCAUACCUACCCACUAAUGUCGCUUUUUCUUUGGGAAGUGCAGCCUCCAAGUCUCUAAGAUAAGAUCUCAAAAUAAACUGUCUGCUCCCAUGCAAGCGUGCACACACACACACACACACAGAUGCCUCUCCCCUUCCACAUACCCUUUUCCUUGCUUUUAUCUGGUUUUAACAUAGACAGUCUUCUUCAUCUGAUCAAGACAAUUACUGCUGGAAUCUCUGAACUCGUGUCUUCCCAUUGGAAAGAAGACUUGUCUCACCUAACAACUCUAUAUGAAUUUCUAGAAAGACCCUGAUAGCCUCAUGAGACUCAUGUGGUAAUCCUGGUGCCAGUCACUGCAUCUAUGCAGUAAGGCUGUACAAUUUUUCUGGGCCUAGAUAAUGUUGCCAUCAUUAAGGCCAGACAUGGGAUAGAGCUUUGCCAGUCUAGAGGCAAUUGGGGAAGGAGAAGGGUGAAUUUCUAAGAAAGGAGUUUGGAGCUGACAAAACCUAAUAUAACUCCUCAUAUUAUUAUGAAGGCUUUUUGAAAGAGGAUAUAUAAACAACCAUUAUUUUACUCUCAUUCACUCAUUAAGGUUAGCAGAAGAUUAGGACAAAUUUUCUUUGACAUUUCUUGGUGAAGAUAGAGGCUACCUUAAUAGGAAGAACGGCUAGAAUAUUAGAUGUGAGCUCAAACCAGUGUCUAGAAUCUUGGUGCUGGAAGCUGUCACCUAGAGCACAGCUCUGCCCCAUGCCUGUCUCCCAGGUAUGGCUCAGUGCCGACCACUCUGCGGACCCUGAGUGGUUGGGAGGCAACAAGCAGCAGUUGAAAGGUAGGAAUUCUGCCUGCAGAAUUUAGAGCAAGUCCUCAAGUUGGGACAUUUUUAUCCAUGGCUUUAGCUCGGAGUUUACUGGAAAUGACUGGAAGUGGUUUACUUAAGAUCCUAGAUUUAACUGCCCUUAAUUGGGGUCCUCUAUAUGGGGAAUAAGGACAAUUUUCUGCUGCUUUCCUUUGACACUCACCCUCGAGUCUUCACUGCAAUAUGGUCCCCACCUUCUCCAAAUUUUACUGAUAUCUUUGGAAGGGAAACCAUGACUCCUGGAGGGGACACUAUACUUUUGGAGAGGACCUUGUGCUAACCGCUGGAUGUGGGAUGAUGGGACACAACAAAAGAUGCCAGAUUAGCAGUGAGCACUGAAGUUACAGCCCACCCAGACCUCACCUGCCACUGCCCAGUGUGAGUGCUUGCUAAGUGCUUCAUUAACUUAAGUACUUAUAAUUGUACCAUAAUAAUUAUGGAUAGUUAUGAAUUAAUAACUGAAAAAUUAUAUCACACACAAACUCCUGCAAUCUACCUUGGAAUACCCAAUCUGAGGGUACUAGGUUUCAUGAUCAUAGUCUGUUGUUGGCAAAACUAAAGGCUUUUCCCCCUACACCUUCCUCAGAUGGCUCAGUCCACAAGCCCUCAGAAAUGGCUUCAGUACAUAAAACAAAGUCCUUGGUGGUUGGCAAACACUUAUAUAAGCAUUGCAGCAAGGUCUCAAUGCCUACUUACAAGCUCAGAUCAGGGGCCCCUAGGACUGAGCACCUCCAUCCAAUUCCUUGUCUUCUUUGCGCUCCCUUUCCACCAGGUGCCCUGGGUCAGACCUGAUAACCAUGAGCCAGGAAUUUGAAAAUUUUCAGUUCAUAAGAUUCUAAUAAGGCCUGCUGAGCUCCCCUCCCCCCAACUCUUUAAACUCCUCAUGAAUACUGUGAUAUGAGCAACUGGCCAUGACAGUGGUCUUUUAGACUCUGAUCAUUUCCCAUAAGGAUGUGCAUAUCACAAAUGAUUUACUGAGCUUUGAAAGAAAUGCAUUUGUCACAGAAUGACGCCAGUGCUAUGUCUCCAAGCUCAUCUAGUACUUUGAAGAGAAGGUGUUCAUACAACCCUAAUGGGGGCAGAGUCUUGUGUGUGACUGCUCCCCCCUUUCCGUUCCUGGGUGCAUCAUUUUGACUGAUUAUUGUGAGUGGAGACCACUAUGCUGAGCACAGUGGGGAUAGUUCAGGAACCAGGCUCCUCCAUGACCUUAAAGGAACCAGAGAGAUAAGACAAAUUACUCAACAGAAGUAGCUGAGAAAACUCAGGCUGCUGUGUGCUUUAUAGACAGUGUUUCAUCUGAUGCUGAGAAAGCAGACUCAGAGAGCUUAUGUGCUAUUAUGCUGCAAAGCAGACUUUCCAAAUGCAGUGUUAGGGGAUGGACAAGAGGCUGGAGGCACACGCGUGCGAUGCGAGGUCUUAGGAACUGCGGCAAGGUGCUGGUUCGCUGAUUUCAACGGGGUGCGAAGGGACAGCCGCAAGCCGAGCAGGCAUGACUCGUGAACAGGCACAAGUUGUCUCAGCCUAGGAAAGCAGGCCUCAGAGAAGAUGCUAUGAGCUUUUGUCACUUCCUAAUUUGGAUUCUGAAGAGUCACAGAGAGGGUUGGUUCCUUUCAAAGGGUCAAAAG